AUUGUCGUCCCCGGCGCAUACCCCUCCCUCAUGGCCGGCAGCUGUCAGCUGUGGAGGGGGCGGUUGUAGAACGUCCGUGGGUGCUUGCUUCCUGAGUGGCCUCGUUGGGGAUAUGUUGAUCGCAGUUUUGUACGGAGUGCUUGUUAGUAGCGUUGCGUCGUGUGUAGUGUUCUAGACGUUUUCUGGUGCGUGUCGAAAAUUGUUAUUCCUGUCCCGUAACUGUUUUAUUUUUAAUCGAUUUGUGUGUUGUACGAAACGAGAUUCUACGCGUCUCAGCUCGGGCGCUCCUCGACUCCGUGGUAACUUAUAACGUAAGCAUCCUCUUAAAAAAAAGAAGUUGAAGUGUAUACACGCUGGUACAGGAGUCAACUGAUAUCUCCGAUUAUCAGUAUCUUGAGGCGCGCAGCGGCAGCUGAGGUGCGCGCGACGCCAUGGCGGAAGCCCACUCGGCCGUCGCCUUCUCCUUCGCCAUCACCCACGAGGGAUGGGACGUCAACUUCGACCGGGAGGUGCUGCACCUCGUCUGGCAGUCGGGCAUCCGAUCGUGGAAGAAGCGGCUGGCGCGCUUCAAGAACAGUAUUAAGAAUGGAGUAUACCCAGCACCUCUGCAGAGUUUAUGGGGCAUUGUUGCAAUUAUUACAGGAAUGAACUUCUCAGGCCAGAAGACAGUAGCAAAUUGUGUUAAUAGGAUUGUUGUACAUUUACCAGAGAAUACUUUAGGUUGGCAAUGUGCUGGUUGUGCAUUAUUAGGAGUAGGGACUUGGUUGUCCAUUACUUUUUCCGUCCGUUACACACUUAAAAUGCUGUUCAUGUACAAAGGAUGGAUGUAUGAACAGCGUGGCCGUGGAAGCCGCAUUUCCUGGCAAACCAAGCUUUGGCUUGUGAUGGUGAAACUCUUUUCUGCAGGCAGCAAGCCUCUUCUGUACAGUUUCCAAGGCUCCUUGCCUCGCCUUCCUUUGCCUGCUGUUCAGGACACCAUGAAGAGGUAUCUACGUAGUGUGAGACCUCUUCUCAAUGAUGAAGAUUAUUCAAGAAUGGAGAAGUUGGCUGCUGACUUUGAAAAAGGAAUUGCUAAGAAAUUACAGUGGUACCUCCUUCUCAAGUCAUGGUGGUCUACAAAUUAUGUUUCUGAUUGGUGGGAAGAAUACGUUUAUCUCAGAGGUCGUUCUCCUCUGAUGGUGAACUCGAAUUUCUAUGGUAUUGAUGCAAUUCUUAUGCAUCCAACUCACGUGCAAGCAGCUCGUGCUGCUUCUAUAAUUUUCUGCUGCUUGCAAUAUCGCAGACUCAUAGAGCGACAAGAAUUGGAGCCAAUUCUUAUUCAAGGAUUAGUGCCUUUGUGCUCAUGGCAGUAUGAAAGGGUAUUUAAUACAACUAGAGUCCCAGGACUUGAAACCGAUCGUAUUGUACAUUAUAAUGACUCAAAUCAUAUUGCUGUGUAUCAUCGUGGUCGUUACUAUAAAGUAAUUAUUUACUACAAAGGAAGAAUAUUAAAACCAUGUGAAAUUGAAGUUCAAAUCCAACAGAUUUUAGAUGACGAUAGCAUUCCUGCAAAAGGAGAAGAAAAGUUAGCUGCUCUGACAGCCAGUGAGCGAAGCACAUGGGCUGAAACGAGAAAGAAGUUUUUCUUCAAGGGAACUAAUAGACAGUCUCUGGAUGCUGUCGAGAAAGCUGCUUUUGUUGUAGCUUUGGAUGAUGUUCCUUAUGAAUAUGAUGAGAAAGAUCCAAGUAAAAUGGACAAUUAUGGUCGAAUUCUUCUCCAUGGAAAGGGAUACGAUAGAUGGUUUGAUAAAUCGUUUACUUUAUGCAUUGGAACUAAUGGAAGAAUUGGAUUCAAUGCAGAACAUUCGUGGUAAGAUCUCUGAAGCAUUUUUCUUUCACAUUUCUAGUCUUGAGAAGUGUUAAUUUGUAGUUGUAUGCUAUAUUUGUUGCCAUUUAUUACACAGCUACAGAUAAACUACUUUCAGUAAAAAUUAGAACCUUUUAGAAAGAGUAAUUAUGACUUGUGCUAAAUUAAUAGUUAAAAAGUAACAUGUACAAACUAUUCAAACAAACUAAUUAUGUUUAUAAUUGAUUGACUGAGAGAAUUUUAUUUUACAAACAGUAGUGUAGCUUAAUAUUUUUUGUGUGGAUAAGCUUUAAACCAGGUAGAUACACAUUAAUUAAAUACAAAUUUGAACAAAACUUGAUAAAAUAAUGUUAAUAUACCACAUGUCAAAUUUAAACAGCUAAAAAAGAUUUCUGACUCCUUGUACUGUAAAAGGAUAAUUUACGAACUGGGUGUUCAGUAUGCUCAUAUAAAGCAAAUUCUCAUUGACUCUCUGGCUUGCUCAUACACGCAAAUAGAUGAUGUUGAAGUAAACUGAAUGAAAUGCUCACACCUUUAUAUUCAGGCCAUUUCCAGGCAGUAAUGACAUUGGACAAACAUUUUACUGCCCACAAAAAAUUAUGAAUAAUAAUGAUGGUUUCAAAAACCUCACUUAGUAAUAAAAACAAUGUUUGUUAUUUGUUAACUGAGAGGCUCAGUCUUACAUCCUAAUAUGAAGCUCUAUCAUUGUUAACUAAGUUUUUGUUUUUUGUUUGUGCAUUUGCAAGCGUGAGAGUGUACGCAUACUUGUGGUGUUAUUGCAAUGCAUUGUUCAUGUAGCAUACCACAGGGAUCCUUGAAAGUUUCUGUGCUUGUGCUUGACUGUUGCAAGUAUUUCAUUUGAUUGUCAUUGGAAGGUCCCCUUUCCUGUUGUUUUUUUUUGUACUUGAUUCAAUUUUGUUUUUGUUUCUUUGUUUUUCCAUAGAUUUCCACUUUUGCGAUGUGAUGCGAAGCCAUGUGUAUUAUUAGUUUUCGUCUUCUGUCAGUCUGUGGACAUGCUUUGCCAUUGAACGAUAGUAAUGUAGAAAUGCAUUUUUCAGGGCAGAUGCUGCAAUUAUGUCACAUCUGUGGGAAUUCGUCAUUGUUGAGGAAGCUGCUGGAUUGAAAUUAUGGUAUGAUGAAACUGGCCAUACACUUGGGACCCCUGGAUUCACUCCUCCUGCUCCAAUUCGUCUCCAGUGGGACUUGCCAGCUGAAUGUCUCACUACAAUUGAAAAUUCUUGCCAGCUGGCCCAGAAUCUACUAAAUGAUGUGGACUUGAGGAUUUUGGUGCAUACUGCAUAUGGAAAAGGAUUUAUGAAAGAUUGCAGAACUAGUCCUGAUGCGUUUAUCCAAAUGGCUCUUCAGUUGGCAUAUUUUAGGGUGGAGGAUCGCAUUAAAAAAUUCCAGAAGGCUUGUCAAGUUCACCAGAUGGGCUAUCAGGAUGCAAUGUGUGGGAAAGGAAUUGAUCGACAUUUGUUUUGUCUGUAUGUUGUGUCCAAAUAUCUGGAAGUUGAUUCACCAUUCCUUAAAGAAGUUCUAAGCGAGCCGUGGAGACUUUCUACCUCUCAAACACCUCAUGGUCAAACUUCUCGAUUGGAUUUGAAGCAGUAUCCGAAAUGUAUUUCUGCUGGUGGUGGUUUUGGACCUGUUGCUGAUGAUGGAUAUGGUGUAUCCUACAUCAUCGCUGGUGAAGAUUUAUUGUUCUUUCAUAUAACUAGUAAGAAGAGUUCACCUGAAACAAACUCCAAUAGAUUUUCACAGCAGAUUGAACGAGCUCUGUCAGACAUCAAAACUCUCUUCUUGCAAUGGAAAGAUAUUCAGAAGCAACAGAAGAAAUAAUCAGAAAACCCUAUUAGGUCAUGACAAUCAGAAUGUAAGGGUUUUUCUUCCUUUUUGUUAAGGAAAAACGUCUUAUUUUCCUAACGAACCUGGAAGUAUAAUGAUGUAAAUAUCUGAAAUACCUUCUCAUAUACUUGCAUAUUCCUGGAUAGUAUCAAAUCAUCUUUUUUUUGUUUUUUUAAUGUUAUAUAGAGUCUUGUUGUAUAAUUUCUGGUGAAGAUUCACCUUGUGGUGCUUGUACACAGUUAAUAAAUCUAUGUUGAUUAGUGUAUUAUUUAUUACGAUGAAAAUUGUCAACUUUCUUAUUAACUUUUUUAUUUUUUCAUUAUAAGUGUACAGUUUUGUGCAUCAUAUUUCAUCUAUUGUAAUACAAAAAAAAAAAAACAUAAAGAAAAUGAUGACUGAAGCUGCUAUCAUUUUCAUUGAAUGUCAUAUCAUACCAGUGUAUACUGAUGCUGUUUUUUUGUUGUUUUUUUCCAAAUAUUGUUUUAUGAAAUUCCUAUGGUCUUUUAAGAGAUUUUUUAGUGAAUAAAUUGUUACCAAAAUUACUCAUGAAAUGUGUACAUUUUUAAGAGUAAAGCAAGAGAAAAACUGAUUUAUGAAGACUUAUAUUUCUUAGUCUGUACCAGCCAAUAAAUCACAAAGGUUGGCUGUUUGUACUGUUGUGAUUGUGUGAAGUGAGGAGGAUAACAUUAUUUGUGAAGCAAUUGGAAGUUUCAACUUCAUGUGACAUUACAUUAAGAAUAUGUUCCAUUUUUAAUAUCUAUGGAAAAUUGGAUUUGCUCUUUCAAGUUAUUGCAAGAAAUCAACCAAAGUUUUUGCAGAAAAGUAUACAUUUUGUUACCACUAAAAUCAGCUGAAAGAAUUGCAUGUAAAAACACUGACCUUUGUAAAACUUGAGCUUAUCUAUAUUUUAGAGAUCCUUAAAACACACACAUAAUCACAUUUGUGACAUUAUCAAUGCAAUUUCUUGUGCAACCAUCAAUGCAAUAAUUUGUAUGUGUGAACAUUUUUCUGUCUUUUAAAUAGAAUGUAAGCAAUUUUACAAUUUAGAUCAGUAGUGCAUUAAUUUUCUCAACUUGGUCAGUGACUGGUUUGUGUAUUAUUAUAAUGCACAGUUUCCUAUUUAAUGUUUUAAAAUGGUUAUUUUUUCAAAAACAAUAUUUUGUUAUAAAAUAAUUUGUUAAUUUUUUCUUUGUGAAAACUACUGCACCUGAAUCAUACAGAAACGACGCUAAAAACAAGGAAUUUAUAUUUCUAACACUAUCAAAGAUUGUAGUUAUGCUGUUCUUACAUUGAUAAAGUAUUUGAUGUUUUAUAAAUUUUAUAUUGACCAGACACUGAUUUAUGUAAGUUGAGAUGUGUUAUUUAUAAAUAUAAAUAUAUAUACAUAUGUAACAUACACGUGAGCCAUAUUGUUGUAUGGUGUACAAAGCAUUGUUUGGGAUUGAAAGCAUAUUUUUUAUAUCGUUUGUGGGACCUGAUUGCUUUUUCGUUGGCCACAUAUUGCACUUGUGUGGGAUCUAUUUAGUUACUACAAUAAAAUCAGUGUAUGGUUUUUGGUAAGUUUUUUCUUUAGACUUCUUUAACAAUUAUAUAAUAAUGAUUUGAAACCUUUCCCUUUUUCUUGACCUUUUUUGUGCUUAAUUCACAAAUGAUAUUCAAAUAAAUAAUGUAUCAUUUGUCACAAGUCUUUCCUUUUGAGUCAGCUUUAUUAGCCCAGCUUCUUAGAACUAUAGUGAAAAGAUUAUUUUCUCUGUGAGAACAUUCCUAGACUUUUUCUCAAAAUUUAUUAUUGAUUUAUGAAAUGUUUAUUCAUAAAAUGACAUUCCUGUAUCCAUUCAUUGCUAAAGAAUCUGUUGGAAAAAGAAAUGCUCUCAUUUAGAUCAGAUCAGGAAGUUCUAAAUUUAGGAUAAUUAUCCUAAGAAAGAUUAAGCACAUUAUGGAAUUUCUUAUAAUUUCACUUUCAGAUUAUGUUUAAUGUGGAAGUAAUUAUUCUUGUAGGACUGACUACCUUUUCUUUCAUGCUGAACUAAUUUUUCAUGCAAGUAAAUUGAUUCUCACAACAGUAGAAAAAAAAUAGAAUCCACAGCAUGUAAUUGGUAUGUCUACAAUGGUAUAGAGUUGGAAAGGACAGAACACACAACAUUUUGCUUGUAUGUAAAUUUGAACAGGCAUUUUUCCAAAUCCUUCAUAUGAUUUUGGAUGGCAUGUGAUUUAUUGUGAUGGUGAACUUCGCAUAAGCCAUAAAUGCUAGUAGGUGGCAGAGAUGUACAGAAGUGAACAUGAUAGUAUGGUGGAUGAAUAAUAGUAUAUUUCUUUUCUCUUCAUUUCUUUCUUUUCCUUAGCUAUAUGUAAAGAGCAGAGAAAAAAUCAUGGUUGAUAUUUCAGUGUGUAAAUUGUUUCGAGGGUCCCCAAGUUGUGUAAAGUGAUUUUUAUGUUGAUGCAUUUGGGUUUGGAUGUGUAUUUGUGCCAACUUGAAAUUUAGCUCUAACUUGCGAGAUAUUUUAAGAGUAACUAAUCACCAAAUGAUAUUGUAUUGUUUGAUUGUUUUUAAUGUUCUGUGGCAACAGAUCUAUUCCUGUGCCAUCUCGGCUGUUAACAAAUGUUCAAAUAUUUAUUAUUAAUGCCUUGUGUUUAUAGAGAUUACUACAAGUUUUCUGUUACCUCCACUGAACUAAAAAACAAGGGCUUCUAACUCUUUCUGGGGAUGAGGGAUUCGACCUGGGGAUCUUCUGUGUGUGCUUUGUAAUAUCGAUUGGGAAUAAAAAUGGGACCAUAAACAUGGCAAAACAUUUUUAUUUUCAUUAAGGGAUUAUUUAUUUUGCAUUAUGUUAAUUUAGGUGGCUUGGAAAAAUGGCGUAUAUGUCAAGAUAACUGCAAAGCGCAAAUACAGAAAAAGAA